AUGGCUUCGAUCGCGCGUCAGUCCCCUCUGCUGCGGCAGACCUGCCUCUCGGCCUUCCGCUCGCCGCUGGCCACCAAGAAUGUCUCGCAGGCCGUGGCCUUCCACGCCUCCGCGAAGAAGCAGAUCCUGCCUCCGUUGCCUCAGGUCAUCCACGGAUCGACGAACGACCCGGCUCCCAUCCCUGAGCCUCACCCCUCGCACGGUAGCUACCACUGGAGCUUCGAGAGACUCGUGGCCGCCGGUCUGGUCCCUCUCACCCUCGCUCCCUUCAUCGGCGGCACUUUCAACCCCGUGAUGGAUGCCGUGCUCUGCUCCUUCAUCGUUGUCCACUCCCACGUCGGAUUCCAGGCCUCGAUCAUUGACUACUUCCCCGCCCGCCGUGUCCCCAAGACCGCCUCCUUCAUGAACUGGCUGCUCCGUGGCUUCACCCUCACCACCGCCGUCGGUCUGUACGAGUUCGAGACGAAUGAUGUCGGUAUCACGGAGGCUAUCAAGCGGGUGUGGAAGGCAUAG